AAUUGGAAGAUUUAAUUUGCAGCCUCGUUCACUGUCUACUUCCUUUGUCUUCUUUCUAAGCCGCCUCCACUAGAUUUUUUUUUUUCUUCCAUAGCUCCAUAACCACCACGCCUUUUAGAUUAACCACAUAACAUUAUUUUAAUACAAGAUUAUUUAAUUUGUCGUAUAGAAUAUAACUUCUCUAAUUCCAGACCCCAAAUUAACAAAUCCAAUAUGAAUGAUGCUUCAAGUCCUUACAAUGAACCACCACCGCCAUCCCCUCCUUCACAGAAAUCCAACUUGCCAACGUUAUAUUACGGCCUUGUAAUUGUUGGCACAGCCGCAAUUGUUCUGGCCGUAUAUAAUCUUAUCAUAAUCAAGUGGUGCACCCAUCGUAAUCGAGUCCAGGGUGAGAGAUCAGGCCAGUUAAUUCAGACAACAAGAGCUGGCAGUGGCAGGCUAAGUUCAGAGUUGUCGAGUUUCAAGUACAAAAAAGAUAAUAAUAUAGGCCAAGGCUGUGACUAUGAUUAUGAAUGUUCAGUUUGCUUAUCAGUUUUUGAAGAAGGAGAGGAGGUUAGGCGAUUGCCAGAUUGUAGCCACUCCUUUCAUGCUCCUUGUAUAGACAUGUGGCUGUAUUCGCAUUCUGAUUGCCCGCUUUGUCGCGCCCGAGUCGACCCAAUUCCUUCCUUCGGUCAUCGACGUCCGGUGGUGACUGAAGCGACGGAGGAGAAUUCUCGAGAAAAUUUGUUAGAUGCAACCGCAAGGAUUCAUUUCAUUCCUCUUGUCUAGAUUCUAUAGAUUUGGAUUUGGCUUACAAUUGUUGUUGUUCCGACUUGUCUCGCCGUUGCCGGAAAAUUCUUGGUUUUCCUUUUUCAUUUUUAAAGAUUUAAUCUGUUUAUAUUUGUCAGUUAGGUAGGAAAAGUUGGAUAGCUUGCCUUGUGUCAGUCCAACUGUCCAACGACUAUUUAAAUGAUUGAGCAAGACGAUGACUACAGUGUGAUAUAUUGUUUGGUCAACCAUUCCUAGUAGAUGUCUUGUAUAGGUUUCAUAUACUAUUAAUUAAAUGAUUGGUCUAGUCUCUGUGUACGAUUUCUACUUAA